UUCUCUUUAUGCUGCUACUUGUUCUUACUUUUCUUCCCUCAAAUUCUGACAUCAAAAACCCAUCCAAAUCACUUCUUCUAUUUGUAUGUAUCAAUAAUUUCUUCAUCCUUACUUUGAUCUGGUGUUAGAUUGGAUCACUUCUCCUAGUGUCCCGCCAAAAAGAACAGUCUUAUUUGGGAUGGAAGAUGAAAAGGUACCUGAGAACCAUUUGUCGUCGGCCGCAGCUUUUGUCGAAGGGGGAAUUCAGGAGGCAUGUGACGAUGCUUGCAGCAUAUGCCUUGAAGACUUUUCUGAUAGUGAUCCUUCAACAGUGACUAAUUGCAAGCACGAGUUUCAUCUUCAGUGCAUUCUUGAAUGGUGCCAGAGAAGCUCACAGUGCCCAAUGUGUUGGCAAACCAUCAGCCUGAAGGAUCCCAACUGCCAAGAAUUGCUCGAUGCUGUGGAACAUGAGAGGAAUCUGAGAAUGAAUCCACCUAGAAACACCACUAUUUUUCAUCAUCCAACCUUGGGAGACUUUGAAUUGCAGCAUUUACCAGUUAGUGCAAGUGAUUCUGAACUUGAAGAACGCAUUAUUCAACACUUAGCUGCUGCUGCUGCAAUGGGAAGGACUCGUCAGCUUGGUAGGAGGGAAGGUCAUAGGAGUAGGUCAUCUACUCAAGGCCGUCCCCAUUUUCUGGUGUUUUCAACUAAUCCAAAUUCUUCCUCCUCUUCUGCUUCUUCCCCUGCUCACAGGGGUGGAGUUGGAACACCUCCUGCUGUCAUGAUAGCUGGCCCAAAUUCUCCAUUUAUUACUGUAGAAGAUGAUUCUGCACAACUUACUACACAACCAUCUCCUGCUCAAGUUGAUCAGGUUACAGCCCCAACAUCAGGAUCAAUUGCUGUUGCAAAUCAACCUGGAACUUCCUCUAGCAAUCGGAGGUCUCCUGCUCAGACUUCCCCAAACAGUCAAGAUAGAGCUGGACCAUCAGAUUUGCAGUCAUUCUCAGAUUCUCUCAAAUCUCGACUAGGUGCAUUGUCAACAAGAUACAAAGAGUCGAUAACCAAGAGCACAAGAGGCUGGAAGGAGAGACUGUUUGCUCGCAAUAGUUCAACGCCAGACCCUUCCACUGAGGUUCGUAGUUCAACGCCAGACCCUUCCACUGAGGUUCGUAGAGAUGUGGAUCCAGAUAUUGCACCUGUAUCCCGCAUGAUGGAUCAUCUUGAAAUAGCAGAAGAUAGUGGAACCAACAUUGCCUCUGUAUCAAAUGAUAUGGAGGAUAGCUCAACUCCAGUUCCAGCUGAACAGCACACCUUAGAGAUGGGUGGCAACCCUUCUUUGACCGAGGACAAUGCACAAGCACCAUGUACUUCUAGUACUGCGGCAACCUAAGUUUUGAUUCAAUAGUUGCAUCAACUCAUGGAUUUCCUUUUCAUGGUGAACUCCUUUAUUCAUAUAUUUUCACUGCUGCUGUAAUGAUGCUUCAUCUCUCGUCCGGCGUAUGGUAAUCCUAAACCGACAUGUAAGAGUGCACUCAGAUUGUCUGAGAUCUCCAAUAAACGAACCUUGCUCUUGAUUUAUACCUUUGAACUGAAAGUAUUUGUAAAGUAGUCUAUGAUUUCAACUUCAUGUUUGUUUAUAUGUUGGAUAAUUGACGAUUAAUUCCGAAAAUUUAUUUCGAGUUUUGAGAA